UAAAAGCUCCUAAUUUUCCUAAAGCCUUCAUAAAAUUUCCAUCUUGGGUCAAGUAUAAUGAACCCCUUAUAGCAACAGAAAUAUAUGAAAAGAGGUAUAUAAAACUAUUAUCCAAUGAAGGUAAUAUUUAUGUUGGAUUACCUUGGGAAAUAGAAAAAACAUAUGUUCUUGAAAAUCUGGCUAUUCCUGAUGAUGUAAAUUUGCUUAUAUUAUCUACGCGUCACUCUUACUCAAAUACUAUUACUAUAAGACUUAAUCUUAAAUCAUAUGCAAUAUUGAUG